AUGAAUCAAAUUCCGGGUCAUAACAUCUACAUUGGCGGGAUCUUCUGCCUCAAGAACAAAGCCGCUUUAGCUCGUGCAGAUAUCACUCAUGUGGUUUCUGUGCUACGACUUAACCCCGCAGAGGAAACAUUUGCGUCCUAUCAACAUCUCUCCAUAGCUGUCGACGAUGUUGAAGAUGAGAACCUAUUGGAGCAUUUGCCUGCUGCUGUCAAGUUCAUUCAAGCUGGCUUAGACGGUGGUGGCGGUGUUCUGGUGCACUGUGCUAUGGGAAAGUCCCGGUCCGCAACUGUGUGCAUUGCCUACUUGCUCCACCAACAGCCAGGUGCGCUCACACCGCAAUCUGCACUGGAGAUUUUGAGGCAGUCCCGACCACUCUGCGAACCCAAUGAAGGGUUCGUGAAACAAUUGGAGCUCUACCACGAAAUGGGUUGCCCAGACGAUGUCACAGAGAACCCUGUUUACCAGCGCUGGUUGUACCACCGUGAUGUUGAAGAAAGUGUGGCGUGUGGCCGAGCCCCAGAGUUGAAGUCGGUGCGCUUUGAAGAUGAGCUUCCUGUUCAGCCCAAGGAAAAUAGUACCGGCCACUCAGUGGAGAUUAAGUGUCGCAAGUGCCGGCGUACCCUUGCGACAACCCCUUUCAUUAUCAAUCACGAUCAAGAUAAGCAAAAGAGCGCUAGAAUGCCCGCUGAUACGGCAUGUGCUCAUGUGUUCCUCCAUCCGCUAAAGUGGAUGCGUCCGAGUUUAUUCCCGUCCUCGGUUCAAGAAGGCUCGGAUCCCGAUGCGGAUUCAACCUACGACGAUUACUCCGCGGAUGCCCCUUUAUCAGGUCGCCUAACAUGUCCCAACUCGGGCUGCGGAGCCAACAUUGGUAAAUUCGCCUGGCAAGGCAUGCAAUGCAGUUGUGGUGGAUGGGUGGUGCCUGCUAUCGGGCUCGCGAAAGCUCGGGUGGACAUUGCGACCAGAACAAAUUUCGCAGCCAGGGGUCCAGGAGGAACAUCAGCUUUGGGUAUUCGUCUACCUCCAGGCAUGCGGCCGCCUGAGAGCAAUGACCCAGGCUCUGGGCGUGGCAAUCUCUGA